GCGGACUCAGAAUCAAGAACGCUUAGAUCAGGUCUACAACAAGUAUGUUGAGGACAACAAGAAGGAGGCGAAGAUGAAGCAAGAACAGGAGAAAGAUAAGAUCAAAAAAGAGGAGGAAGAGAAGCUGCUGCGAUGGAAGAAGGAGAGCGAGCAGCUUGAAGAUGACAUGGACGGCGUCGCACGUUUCGAGAAGAGAUUCAAAGCACUUGGACUCUCUCGGAAUCGAAGAACCGAUGAGGCUGUCUUCGGAGGAGAGGCAAGUGACGAGUUGACCAAGCUACGUAAGGAAAACGAUGAGCUUCAGAGGAGGUCGAGUGAGUUGUUGGGACAAUCUAGCGGGGAUAAGGUGCAUGUGCUGCAGAAGGAGGUCGUGGAAUUACGUAAGCAAGCUACGGCUAAACAAAGCAGCGAUGAUGCUUUCUUCGCUCUACAGCAAGAGAUCGGGGAACUGAAGCAGUCUGCGUAUGUAAAAACCAAUUUCGAGCACGAGAUCGCUGGUUUGAAGAAGGAGAUAGACUGCCUACGAGAACAAAAUGCAAACGUGCUUGCGGAAGCUAAUCAGUGGAAAAAUGAGGUGUUGAGACCGGGCAACAAGAGGGGGAGUGUUGUAAUUGAUACCCUUGCGACCUAUGAACGUGGAACACCUAAGCCGCGUUGUUCCGAGAGUUUGAAGGAAGCUGGGAAGUGGAAGGGCGAGUACAACAACCUACGCAGCCUCCACCGUUUGACCAAUAUUGAAGCCGAGGCGCUAAAGAAGAAGAUAGCAAAAGCUGAGAUGAAAAGAUUGGAGGCUGAGAACCAGGUCAAAGAAUUGGAGGCACAGAUGAGCAAAUUGAAUGCUGGCGGAGGGCGAGCUAAGGAGGGAGGAGGGACUAAUCUUAAGGAACGUUUAUAGGAAGUGGCUAUUCAAUCAGCCAGGAAAGGUUUGAAAGCGACUCCAGGGAGAGGGAGGAUUUCGUUAGGAGGCAAAGGAACAGUUGAUAUCAAUGAUCAGGCGCAGUUUAUAGAAGAAGAGAAGAAAUAAUUGAGGCUACUUAGGAAAUCAGGUUUGGAGUUAUAUUGCAAGGAGGAGGGUGUCAAGCUAGGUAAGGAUGAACAAACCAUUUGUGAACUC